AUGGAACCGGCGCAAGACCCCCCCCCUCCCACAAAAUCGAAUCUACGCUUCACGCUCGAGCUGGAAUUUGUGUCGUCUUUGGCCAAUCCCUACUACCUCUCCUACCUGGCCGUCACUUACCCAAAUCUUCUCGGCGUUGCCCAAGGCGAUGACGACGACAAUUCCACCUCAGCGCCGGAUGCACAAGCAUUUGCCGCCUACUUGGCCUAUCUCUACUCAUACUGGAAGACCCCCGAGUACGCUCAAUUCCUCACUCAUCCGGGUCCAACCUUGCGCGCCUUGCGGCUGCUUCAAGAAGAUCGAUUUCGUCGCGACAUCAUUCUGCCUCAUGUCAUUGAGAGUCUGGCUGGGAAUGUGCAGACGGACAAUGCGCCAAAGGAGGACGAAAGCGAGGACAAGGGAGAAGAUGGAAAUGGGACACACACAUGA